GUCCUGCGAUCCACCGGGGUCCUCGCUGCCUGGGAGUCGUUCCUAAUCUGCCUGUUCGCGCGAGAGUAGAUGAGCGGGUUUGGGGUCCGACUCCGGCGUGGGCUGGCUCCGCAGUGAAUCGGAGCCCUGCUCAGGCGCCCACUUAAGGUGCGGGGAGCUGUUCAGGCGGUCGCCCGGGCACCCCGUGUCUGAAAGCGCCGGAGCCUCUGGAGGAGCCGGGACAGCCCCGCUGCCCGCAGCCAGGUGCUGGAGUCGAGACCUAACGUGCGAGACCGACCGGCUUUCCGCGCCUGGCUCACGGCGGCGGCCCCGGAGCAGAGGUGGAGCAACCCCAUUGCGUUAAAGAUGAAAGGCUGGGGAUGGCUGGCCCUGCUUCUGGGGGCCCUGCUGGGAACUGCCUGGGCUCGGACGACCCAGGACCUACACUGUGGAGCUUGCAGGGCUCUGGUGGAUGAACUAGAGUGGGAAAUUGCCCAGGUGGAUCCCAAGAAGACCAUUCAGAUGGGCUCUUUCCGAAUCAAUCCCGAUGGCAGCCAGUCAGUGGUGGAGGUGCCUUAUGCUCGCUCAGAGGCCCACCUCACGGAGCUGCUAGAGGAAGUAUGUGACCGGAUGAAGGAGUACGGGGAACAGAUUGACCCUGACACCCACCGCAACAUUUACAUACGUGUAGUGAACCGGAAUGGAGAACCCAAUGACGUGAAUCUAGAGGGCAUCCGAAUUGAUUCAGACAUCCGUGGCACCCUCAAGUUUGCGUGUGAGACCAUUGUGGAGGAAUAUGAGGAUGAACUCAUUGAAUUCUUUUCCCGAGAGGCUGACAACGUGAAAGACAAACUUUGUAGUAAGCGAACAGAUUUAUGUGACCAUGCCCUGCACAUACCGCAUGAUGAGCUGUGAACCACUGGAGCGGCCCCGACUGACAAGCUUGAUGGAUCACCCCCAGGAGGGGAAAAGGUGGCAAUGCCGUUUAUAUUAUGUUUAUACUGAAAUGAACUGAAAAAAUAUGAAACUAAAAGGAUGAACUGUGUUGUCUUUUCACGUCCAGAAUUGGCCCUUAGAUUAGGUUUGAAGAUGGGGGGGUUCCAGACAGGACAUAAAGGGAAGGGAAGGAAGAGCUUUGGGAAUGGUGUCGCAUGAAGGUAGGAGGAGCCUGAAGCUUUCAUCCUUUGCCAUCCGAGAUUCCUGCUGCGCUCACAAACUAAAACAUUUACUCCGUGCCCACUCAAAUGUUUCAAGCUUAAUUGUGGAGAAAAGGGAACACUCUGUGAAUAAGCAAAAGAACAUAGUAAGUGUGUGGUGGUAUAGGAUUCUAGAAAUUACAUGUGCUCAUACUGAUGAAACGUGAAGUAAAACAGCUUGGUCUCGAAGGAAAUAAUGGACAUGCAUUAUUCUUUCCUCCCUGCCCUUCCAGAUGGAGGGAUCAACAAGAGCAUUCAGGAAGGGGAAAAUGGAUGUGAUCAACUCAGCUGAAAAGUAAGGGCUUUUUCAGAUAGGGAGAAAUUAGGUAAGGAAUGUUAUUUAAUGAAAGGCCUUAUUUGAUGGCCUAUGUUUUUAGAUUUGGUGCCAACAGCAAUACUGAAGUAUAUCCUUUUCAUCUUCAUCACUAGCUAUGGUCAAUCUAGACUGUAAGUCUGUCCUCACUUUCUGUAUGUAGAGAUUCUGUACUGGGGCAUAGUGAUGAAAACAAAGGAUACCUUCUUUGAGGAGCUUUUUAAAUAACCUGAUUCUGAGAUGUGGCUGUCUUAGGUUUGAAAUGGAACGUUUCUGUCUCAGGAAUGCCUCAGAGAGAGAACCUGAAUAAACAUUUCAAAGACUUCUUAAAUUAAGCGUUUGAGAAUCUAAAGGGACCUUGAAGGUCAUCUAGUCCACCUCUACCCAUUUUACA